GUUGCCAGCUGGGCAAAAAAUUCCAAGUUGUGAUGUCUUGUUAUCCUUAAUUGCAAGGACCUAAAUGAUUUUUGUGAUAUGUCUGAUAAUAAUGAUACGAGACUUCCGGCCCGGCCUAGCGAUCCGCCGCUGUGUUCGAAGGUGUCGCAAGACCAAAGUCAAAUCGCCACGUCAACGCUCCAGUCCCCCGUCUCCAGUGUCUUCGACUCGCUGCUGUCCCAGCCUGAAUCCCGGGAGCAACCCCAGGAGCAGCCACAGCCAGCGAACCAGCAACGCCAUCAGCAGCAACAGCAGCAAUGGCCUUCCCGGACAAGCAUGGACCCAAGUCAAGCUCUGGUUGGCACGUUGGCGAGUGGUGGUAAUUCUGCCGAUGCUUUAACGCAGCCCACUAAUAAUAUCACUGGCAGUGGCUCAAUGACAACACCGCAGGCCCAUGGGUUCACUGGUUCCUGGAUGACAGGGAUGUUGCAACAACAGCAGCAGCCGCAACAACAGCAGCAGCCGCAACAACAGCAGCAGCAGCAACAACCUCCUCUACCGCCAGCAAGGACUGGCAGCAGUCUACACCAGUCACAAUAUGGUAACACGCCAACAGCAUCCUCCCUCAGUGGACCGAGUGGCGCAGCAGUAUACUCUGAUAUGAGAUCGCCGUACGCUCGCCCUGGCAGCAGACCUGUGCAGCAAGGUCACACAUCUUACUCUGGAUCUCCGGUGAAGGCACUGUCUGGACAACAGAAUAGUCAGACCGAUGGGUUCACUGGUUCCUGGAAGGCAGGGAUGCUGCAACAACAGCAGCAGCCGCAACAACCUCCUCUACCGCCAGCAAAGACUGGCAGCAGUCUACACCAGUCACAAUAUGGUAACACGCCAACAGCAUCCUCCCUCAGUGGACCGAGUGGCGCAGCAGUACACUCUGAUAUGAGAUCACCGUACGCUCGCCCUGGCAGCAGACCUGUGCAGCAAGGUCACACAUCUUACUCUGGAUCUUCGGUGAAGGCAAUCUCUGGACAACAGAGCAGUCAGACCGAUGGGUUCACUGGUUCCUGGAAGGCAGGGAUGCUGCAACAACAGCAGCAGCCGCAACAACCUCCUCUACCGCCAGCAAAGACUGGCAGCAGUCUACACCAGUCACAAUAUGGUAACACGCCAACAGCAUCCUCCCUCAGUGGACCGAGUGGCGCAGCAGUACACUCUGAUAUGAGAUCACCGUACGCUCGCCCUGGCAGCAGACCUGUGCAGCAAGGUCACACAUCUUACUCUGGAUCUUCGGUGAAGGCAAUCUCUGGACAACAGAGCAGUCAGACCGAUGGGUUCACUGGUUCCUGGAAGGCAGGGAUGCUGCAACAACAGCAGCAGCCGCAACAACCUCCUCUACCGCCAGCAAAGACUGGCAGCAGUCUACACCAGUCACAAUAUGGUAACACGCCAACAGCAUCCUCCCUCAGUGGACCGAGUGGCGCAGCAGUACACUCUGAUAUGAGAUCACCGUACGCUCGCCCUGGCAGCAGACCUGUGCAGCAAGGUCACACAUCUUACUCUGGAUCUUCGGUGAAGGCAAUCUCUGGACAACAGAGCAGUCAGACCGAUGGGUUCACUGGUUCCUGGAAGGCAGGGAUGCUGCAACAACAGCAGCAGCCGCAACAACCUCCUCUACCGCCAGCAAAGACUGGCAGCAGUCUACACCAGUCACAAUAUGGUAACACGCCAACAGCAUCCUCCCUUAGUGGACCGAGUGGCGCAGCAGUAUACUCUGAUAUGAGAUCACCGUUCGCUCGCCCUGGCAGCAGACCUGUGCAGCAAGGUCGCACAUCUUACUCUGGAUCUUCGGUGAAGGCAAUCUCUGGACAACAGAAUAGUCAGACCGAUGGGUUCACUGGUUCCUGGAAGGCAGGGAUGCUGCAACAACAGCAGCAGCCGCAACAACCUCCUCUACCGCCAGCAAAGACUGGCAGCAGUCUACACCAGUCACAAUAUGGUAACACGCCAACAGCAUCCUCCCUCAGUGGACCGAGUGGCGCAGCAGUAUACUCUGAUAUGAGAUCACCGUUCGCUCGCCCUGGCAGCAGACCUGUGCAGCAAGGUCGCACAUCUUACUCUGGAUCUUCGGUGAAGGCAAUCUCUGGACAACAGAAUAGUGCUUCACUGAAUGCAGCAGGUUUUGAAAUUAUGGAUCAAGACUGGCUGGAUAGCGAAGAAGUGACUGAAUUAUUAAACGACCUGGAACGUAAAGAGCCGCAGAUACAGGCUGCCAAAGUGAACCAGAGAGCAGACAUCGACAAGCAAACGUUUUCAAAGCCACUGAAGGAAAGAGCGCAACACAAAGCAGCUCAUGAGAAAAAGAAAAAGGAGCAACUCACCCAGAUGUUUGGUGACGACAUGCUACCGGAAAUGGGUGCCACUGGCACUCUCUACUCCGGCGACACAGCACAGUCUGAUCCGGGCAGCACAGGAAUGGCUCAGAUGAGAGCAGCUGAUCUAUCGGCGACAGCAGAUACAGGCCUGCCAUCGCAAGCAUCGGAUUCACUGAAUGCAGUAGAUUUAGAAUUUCUUCUCAACACGGAACAAGACUACCCGCUGGACGAAUACCAGGAGGCUGAUGAAAUGUGGGAGGCGUUGAAACGUGAAGUACGGGCUGCCAACGUGUACCAGAGAGCAGACAGUGACGUGGAUCGCAAGCAAUCGCAAUCAUCGGCUUCCAGCAUUCUGGGUUUUGGCGAUAUUCCGCUGGGCCUUAACAACAACAGCGCUACAGCAGAAAGUGGAGUAGCAUCACAGAGUCCGCCGCCGCAGUCUGGUGAUCCGCCAGCGCAGUCGCAAGCGUCGCUAGUCCCAAGUCCAAUCACCACGUCUACCGGUUCCAGUCUCUUGGGCUCGCAAGCAUCACAUGUAUUGCGGGAGCAACCCCAAGAGCAGCCACAGCCAGCGCCCCAGCAACGCCAUCAGCGGCAACAGCAGCAACGGACUUUCCGGGAAAUAGUUAGCGCCAUUCAAGUUCUGCUUGGCAUCUUUGGGACCGGUGGCACUUCUGCUGGUGCUUUCACACAGUCCGCUAAAGAUAUCACUGGUCGUGGCUCAAUGACAACACCACAGCAGCAGCAGCCGCAACAACAGCAGCAGCCGCAACAACAUCAACCGUCACAACAGCAGCAGCCGCCACAACAGCAGCAGCCGCCACAACAGCAGCCGCCACAACAGCAGCAGCCGUGGCAACCUCCCUUACCGCCGGCAGCGAUUAGCAGUAAUCUGUACCAGUCGCAGUAUGGUAACACGCCAACGGCAUCCUCCGCCAGUGGAUCGAGUGGCGCAGCAGUUUACGCUGAUACAAGCUCUUCGUACUAUCAUCUUGGCAACAGACCGGUGCAGCAAGGUCACACAUCAUACUCUGGAUCUUCAGUGAAGGCACUGUCGGAACACCAGAGCAGUAAAGCUUCAGCUGCUAGUGCCGCCCCUGAUACUGCUGCUCGAAGGUGCUGCGUUGCUCACUGCAACGUCUGCAAUAGUUGUUUCCUCUCCUUCAAGGCAAACUACAUGCAUUCCUGCAACAACAAGUAGAGAAUGAGGAAAAAGCAAAUGAUCUAGGGCUGAGCGUGAAGCGGUGUAAGGAAGAGAAGGCCAAGAACCGGGGAAUUAGCUCUGCCUCUGUUGGGUCUGAUCUAGGAUUUAGCUCUGCCUCUGUUGGGUCUGAUCAGGGUAUUAGCUCAGCCUCUGGUGGGGUUGAUCAGGGAAUUAGCUCUGCCUCUGGCGGAAAUGAUCAUUUUGAGGACUCCCACGACGAUGACCGUUCCGGCGGUGGACAGGGUGCGGGAAUACAACGAUAUGAAUGCAAUGACUUCGAGGUACGUGCCAUGACAGUGUGUCUGCUGGCAUCGUGAGUCGGUCUCACCGACAGGCUGCUGUGCCUCAGACUGAGUAAGAACAUCUGGGCUCCUGGCUGCAGAUGCGCGGGCAUGAUGUGAAUGUCGAUACUAUGAACAAGAUGGGCUCAUUGAGUUGUCGACUACAUUACAUUCUCAGCGGUUCUCAAAAUCGCGUGCAGCAAUACUGGGAGAAUGCUGUUCAAUGGCCUACAGACUUAGUCAAGACUCAGCACCAUCGAGUUUGUCACAUUCUCUCACUAAGGCACCUUCAAAGUAUAAUGCGAGAAGUUUGGACCUUUAAAUCUCUGCACUUUCAGACUUGAUUUUUGUGAUGUGUUUUGUCCAGUGUUUGUCCAGUGUUUUGUCCAGUGUUUCUCCAGUGUUUUGUCCAGUGUUUUGUCCAGUGCGUGUGUGCUCCAGCGAUACUUGUUCCCAAAGCUGGCAUCUUCCUAUUGCUGCUGCUGCUAUCAAGAAAUGUGCCCUGUAAAUAUUUCUUCAUAUUUCACUCCUCAUGCUAGGGCUAUAUGGGCUGUUUGUAUUUGACUCCUUUUUAGGGAUCAAAAGACAUGGUUUGGGUUGUCUUGACAACAAUCUAGUAUUGUGAAGUUCGCACUUCCGCGUUACCA